CCCACGUUAGCUCAUUCAUCAGCCCAUUGUAGUCUUCACCUUUCCAGACCAACCAGAUAUUUGGCGCGAAAAUCAGUGGCAUUGAUAUUCUUCAGCAAAAUUAGGGCUCCAUUUUUCAAAUUGGGAACCCCAUGUCUCGAAGAACUUCGUCUUGUCAAGUGUCUUAUCAUCCAUAAGAGUGGAGGAUGGCCCCUAGACGAGCUUCAAAGCGCAAGCGGGUCCACGAUGGCGGGCUAAUAACAGUAGAAAAGCAAAAAGGGGAAGAAACACCUGUUGCAGGUUGGAAUGAUACUACCACGUCUAAGAGCUCAGUAACAAAUGGAAAGGAGAAUUCACCUCUCGUGGUGUUCGCUCAUGGCGCUGGUGCUCCUUCCACAUCUGAAUGGAUGGUCAGAUGGAAAAAUAUGUUGUCCAAGGCAUUGAAUGCAAUUGAUGUAGUAACUUUUGACUACCCUUACAUCUCAGGUGGAAAAAGAAAGGCUCCUCCCAAGGCCGAAAAGUUGGUUGAAUUUCAUCUUGAUGUUAUAAGAAAUGAAGUAGCUAAAUACCCUGACCACCCACUGAUCUUGGUUGGGAAGUCUAUGGGGUCAAGGGUCAGCUGCAUGGUAGCUGGCAAGGACAUUGGUGCUUGUGCUGUAGUAUGCUUGGGAUACCCUCUAAAGGGAAUAAACGGCACUGUGAGAGAUGAGACACUGCUACAGCUUAGAGUUCCGGUGAUGUUUGUGCAGGGUAGCAAAGAUGGGCUCUGCCCUUUAGAUAAACUUGAAGCUGUGAGGGAAAAAAUGAGUUGUGCUAAUGAGAUACAUGUGAUUGAUGGUGGUGACCAUUCCUUCAAGGUUGCAAAGAAGCAUCUGCAAUUGACCGAGUCCACUCAAGAAGGAAUUGAAGAUCUGGCUGGUCAUGCUAUUGCCACCUUUGUUUCUAAUUUGAAAAAUAUGUGACAGUUGACGGUCAGUUUCUUGUGCAUAUUGAGAAAUAAUCAUUCAUGGUGUUUUGACUGUUUUCGUUUGCUUCCUUUCUCUGGUAGAUCCUUUUUUGUAUGCUCAGUUUUCCAGGGGAGCUUCUGGACUUCCGGUUUUUCAGUGGUUGGAGAAUAUCUUGCAUAUGUUGCUACUUCAGCACCUUUGAAUCUCAUUUCCUACCAAUAGCCAACUUGAAAGGGUAUAUAUUCAAUUGUAUAUAUAGUUUUGUUUCAUCACCACUUAUUCCAUCUUUUUUAUCAAUUCACGGCACCAUUUGUUGGAAGUCUAUGUAGAAAUCAAAGAUUCUAUGCAGCCAGUUUAGUCAAUGACAUGUCAAGAUUCAAAGUAAACUCUCAUCUUUUUAAAAUUAC